UUGCCUUGAGAAAAAAAAAAAAACUUGCCAAUCCCAUUCAUCUUCCUCUCCCUCUCUUCAUCAUCUUCACCAUUUAUUUUUCUUUAGAAUCCCGAGGCAAUAAGUUUCUUUACAAUCUUUUAUCAUCAUCACCACGGCACCAUGUCCUAUACAACAUCCGUAGUACAUGUACAUAUAAUCUUUUGUCUGAUUUAAGACAAUACUCAGAGAUUCCCAUCAAGAAAGAAGAAGCUUCCUUCUCUCUUUCUUUUUUUUUUCUUUUUCUUGAUUUGUCUGUCUCUGUUCUUGUUCAUGGCGGUCCAAGCUCAUCACCAUCCUUCUACUCUCUUCUUCCUCAACAGAAACGGACAAGAAGGGAAUGAUUGUUCGAAUCAGCCGCAGCAAAAAUCUCAGUUUCACUCAAUCAACGCCGGGGUUGAUUCAAGAAAGAGAGCGAGAGAAGUUUCGUCGGUGAUUGAUUUAGAAGAAGAUAUCACGGCGACUGCUCCGAUGAACCCUCCGCCGCAAACUCCGCCGCAAGUUAUGGGACGUCGACACAAUCCUAAUGUAGGAGUAUCAACCGGUCUACGUUUGUCUCGUGAACACUCGUCUCAGAAUCAAGAACAACGGUUUUCUUCUUUUCCGAUGGUUACCGGAGAUUUCGCCGGAGAAAUCAAAAGCCAAACGGACGAAUUAAAUAGAUUUCUUCAAAUCCAGGGAGAGCAGCUGAGGUGCAUGUUAGCGGAGAACAAUGAGAGGCACUAUCGUGAGCUGCUGAGAACAACGGAAGAAUCAGUUAGGCGGAGAUUAAGAGAGAAAGAAACGGAGAUCGAGAAAGCCACGCGUCGUCACGCCGAGCUAGAAGCACGUGCGGCUCAGAUCGAAACAGAGUCACGUGCCUGGCAGGUGAGAGCUGCUGCGAGAGAAGCCGAAGCGACGUCGUUACAAGCUCAAUUGCAGCAAGCCGUAGUAGCAGCUCACCACCACCGUGGCGGAGUUAUCACGACGGCGGAACAAAAUUCAGGAAGCGAAGACGGUGUGGAUGAAGCCGAAGACGCCGAAUCGGCUUACGUGGAUCCCGAUCGGUGCGAAAUGAUCGGACCGGGGUGUAGGAUUUGCUGGCGGCGGUCGGCGACGGUGUUGGCUUUGCCGUGUCGUCAUUUGGUUCUGUGUAAAGGAUGCGACGGCUCCGUACGAGUUUGUCCGCUUUGCCUUAGCACGAAGAACUCGAGCGUGGAGGUUUUUUAUUCUUGAUGGGCCGUCCAUUAUUUAAUGGGCUUAUCAGGCUCAGUAAAUUGGCAUUUUUAUUUUAAAAAAAAAACUAAAAAACUAUAUUCUAUAUUAAUUAAAUUUAUCAUCAUUUAUAUAUAAAAAGUAUACUGUUGAGUUGAGAGGUUUUUUAUGUACAUAGCCACAUGCAGUGGUCUUUUCUUAAUAAUUUUUUUACGUAGAAAAUCAUAAUAAAUUAA